CGCAUGGAGAUAAUCAGGCCAUGCAUUCUUUAACCGGGGACUAAUUUUCAGUCCUCCACUUGGGUCUGGGUAAACAGCACCGCCCCGAUGGUUGUUUGUUUUAAGCGUGGAACGAUCCAUCGCACAGCGCCGGGCUCGAUUGACACUGUCUGCUGAUCUGCUACUGCGGAUUGCUCAGAAUAACAAGCUGCUCGCUAAUUCCCGUCUAUCGGGGCUUUCGCCGAAACACCAAGAGAGUAGGGUCCAAAAAAAUCCAACAGGGCAGGCAAGAACGCCGCGCCGCCGUGGUCCGCACCCCAGAAUGGCUUCAGGAGACCUUUACGAGGUGGAGCGGAUCGUGGAUAAGAGGCGGAACAAGAAGGGUAAGUGGGAGUACCUGAUAAGGUGGAAAGGUUAUGGAAGUAAGGAGGAUACCUGGGAACCAGAACACCACCUACUGCACUGCGAGGACUUUAUCGAUCAGUUCAACAGCUUAAGACGGCACUCUCACAAACGAUCCAAGGUACCAAAAAUUCGUGGGGAGCCACUCAUCACCGGCCACCCCUCCACAACAGAAAACUCUAGAGCUCGGUCUGAGGCUCGGAAGAAGAAAAGAACUUUUGGCCCAUCUAUCGGGAUGAGAGUAGGAUCUGUUCUGGGGAUUGGAAGUGGAGCGCCAGAGUCCACUCAGAAACAGACAAAAGUGGGUGUUGGAGCUGGGAAACAUGCUUUAGGUGACAGAAUGAGCAAAGCCAUGACAUUAAAGGUUCCUUCAUCAGGUGGGCCUCAUUUUAUUCCCCCACCAAGGGUUCCUUACAAUGGACUCCCAAAUGGAGAGAUGGAGCCUCUCGUGUACAGGACAGCAGCAAGGUCACACAGACUGCCUUCAGAGAGAGCGGAUGGAGAGCUAGGACACAAGGAUAUCACUGGACCACAGUUCACUACUGAGCUAGGCUCCCCAUUUGCCAAUGGAAAGAUGCAUCUGCACAGCUCAGUAAAGCGGAAGCUGGCUGAGGAGAAAGGCUACGUGUUUGACAAGAGGCUCAGGUACAACGUGCGACAGAAUGAGAGCAACUGCCGAUUCCGGGACAUUGUGGUCAGGAAAGAGGAGGGCUUCACGCAUGUCCUGCUUUCCAGCCAAACAACAGACAACAACGCUCUUACCCCAGAGAUCAUGAAAGAAGUUUGUCGCGCUUUGGGCAAUGCAGCUGCAGAUGAUAGUAAGUUAUUGCUGCUCAGUUCUGUGGGGACUGUCUUCUGCAGCGGCCUGGAGCCAUCUUACCUAAUAGGGCGUCUGUCUACUGACCGCAGAAAAGAGAGCAGCCGCAUCGCAGAUGCUGUACGAGACUUUGUUUUGGCAUUCAUCCACUUCAAGAAGCCCAUUGUGGUGGCAAUAAAUGGACCUGCCCUGGGCUUGGGGGCAUCCAUCCUGCCACUGUGUGAUGUGGUGUGGGCCAGUGAGAGGGCCUGGUUCCAAACACCAUGUGCAGGCCUCCACCUCACCCCGUCUGGAUGUUCCUCAUACACAUUCCCACAAAUCCUGGGUGUUGCUCUGGCUAAUGAAAUGCUGUUCUGUGGAAGAAAAUUAACAGCACAAGAAGCGUGCAGUCGAGGUCUGGUGUCACAAGUGUUCUGGCCAACCACAUUUAACCAAGAAGUGAUGCUGCGCGUGAAGGAAAUGGCAUCAUGCAAUGCAGUGGUUUUAGAAGAAUCCAAGUGCUUGGUGAGGAGCAUCCUCAUGCCUGUCCUGGAAGAAGUAAAUGAGAAAGAGUGUCAGAUGCUGAAGCAGCUGUGGUGUUCAACCAAAGGACUGGAGGCACUCUUCAGUUACCUUCAGAAUAAAACACAUGAAAAGUAACCAUCCACACCCAGGAGGUUAGAGGUGACUGGUGUGUGUCAGAGGCUGCCUGAAGGGGGACAUCCAGGGCAACAGCACCAUGAUGUCAAACUGCACUGAGGGCCCUUUUUUCCAUUCAUCAGAUAGGAGGAUUUUCUGGAGCUCUGUUUGCUUACAUCUCUAAGAACCGGGAAAAUUCCUUCAUGAUCAUCUUUUGUAAAACGUCUUUUUGUGAGACUUGCUGUCCAGAUAUGCAUUGUCUGUACUUACAGUCAAACAUUGAAGGGACGAAUGUGCAUUGCUUCAGAGCAGGGAGUCUUUCUGUACUGUCAUAAGGAUGUAUGCAAUUAAUUUAUGUCUGACUGCACAUGAUAAAAUCAUAAUAUAUCAAUAUAUAUUUAAGUGUGUAAAUUAAUUUCUUCAUGUACAUAAGAAUAUUUUUCAAAACUUUCUUUUAGUUGCUUAUUGUCUGCAGCUGAAGUGUAAACCAAAGUUUUGCAUGAAGCCACUGUUGUUGCUCAUGCACAUUCGCUCCCCUCUGUAUGGCCUGAAGAAAACCUUCCUCAGAGGCUUAUACAUGAUUGUGAAUCAGAUUCAAUGACUACUUUUGUGUUAUUGUCAUUGUAAGACCAUAGAACACUGAUAUUUUGAAGAAAAUAGAACUUUGUUUUUCAUUGCAUAGCUCAUUCCUCUCACCAUAAUGUCGUUAAUACAUGGAAGAGACGUUUUCUUUUUCACUGAAUUUAUUAAUCAAGAUUAAAGCUGUCUUAGGAUUUUGCUGAAAGACAAGCAAUGGAAUAAUUAUAUCGUUAACAUCCCUCUGCCUUAAUUUUUUUCAUCUGCAGCAAAACAGACAAAGGUACAAAUUCUCUUUUAUGUAUGCUAAUGGGCUAUCUUUGAGGGUUUUUUUUUUUAUUAUUAUUUGUUAUUUUAUUUUAUAUUUCCAGGGCAGACUUGUAAGAUGCAAGAAGAAUUCUUUUAAAUGUGGGGACAUGACAUUAAAUACAAAACAAAAGAAAGAAAAAUAAGUAAAUAAAACUGUCAGCACAUAGCAAGAAAAAGUAUAGCACAGUAUUGUCCCACUUUAUUGGAGAGACACAUACAGUUGUAGCAUCACAUGUAAUGCUCUGAUGGUCUAUACAUGUAACACAACUUGCAUUUAGCAGCACAGAUAUUUAUUCAGUGAAAUGUGAAUGUUAGGUUGAGGGGAAAAAAGUCAACUUGAUUAUUUUACUGCUGAUACCUGACACAUAAGAAGAAGAAGAUGAUAGCUUGGUCCUCAAAGGUCAGUGAAAAUCAUGGAAAUUAAAAAUGAAUGUUUCUCGAGUCAAACUUGUCCUUUAUCUGCAUGUGAUCAUUCUAGGUUUCAUGAAAGUUUAUAUUUUGCAGUGUGUACUAUAUUUAGGGAUCUAUUUUGUUUUACCAAAAUGUAAAUGUGUGUCGGUCUGUGUAAACUGUUUUGUAGGACUCGUCCAUUUUACAGUGAAGAAUUCUGUAUAAAUAUAUGUACAAUGUUGACUGCUCUCUGUAACUAACUGCAUGUAAAUAUAUUGUAUAAAUGUGUUGCCUGUGUGAAACCCUUGUGCUUCAGGGUAGGUUUUCUACCAGCAUUGUAAGUAUUGUCAGAAAUGUUGCAGUUUAUUUUUGUAUUUAUUUGAGAUAACCAUUUGAUUUUGUAGUGCCACGUGGUUUCCUUUGCUUCACAGGCACCGCAACACUUCACCAGUCUUUAUAAAUUGUCCUUUUAAAAAUUUCUGAUGGGUAAUUGAGUUCGUAAAGAAAAAAGCAUAAUUAUAGUGACUUUUUCUAUUUGAAUGUUUGCCCUUUUAAUAUUAUCAAAUGCAAAUGAUCAAAGGCAUGUUAUUUUAAUGUAUACUAAUUUCACUGUUCUUUAUAGGUAUGACUGGAUUGAUUAAAAGAAAAAAAAUGUA